UCAGUAUUUUUCAUUGAAUAACGGACUUGUAAAGCAACGCAAAAAAAUGCAGAACUAUAAAAAUUUACCGUUAUAUCCAGUAAAUGUGAAAUUCUUUCUGCAACUGGGGCUCAUCGGGCGAUUCACCAGGGCUAAGCAAAUACUCUUGGCUUUCGUGCCGGUGGCCACAUAUUUGGGACAAAUUAUAAAUUUAUAUAAGACGUGGGGUGGCGACAUUGGUGAGACGGGCAUGAAUUUGUAUAUGCUGGCGCAUAUAACACACUGCCUGGUUCGAUUCUUCAUGGUGGUGCGGAACAAUGAGCGAUUCGUGCGUUUCUUGCAAUGCAUCGAUCGCUGGUAUAAGAAUAUUGAGCUAAACAGUGAUGUGGAGGCGGUUGCUCUCUUUCGCUUAAUGCUCUGUAUGCUGCUCUUCUUUCUCUCAUUGAGCUUAAAAGUUGAUACACUGUGGUAUGAGGGAAACCUGGAAUUAUGCAAAUGUGUACAGAUUAUGAUCGCCAGAAGCCAUAAGCCACUCUAGUCCGGUGGACUCUAUCCGAUGACUUUGGAGAACUUUCAAGCUAUUCUGCGUAUAUCGUACUCCGAUUUUUCGAUGCUGCAAGGCUUCAGUCAACAAUAAUUUAGAAAAUUAAGAACUAAAGUAUUGUAGAACUACAAACACAGCUUAUAGCACUGUUCUUUGUGCUAUUUUAGUAUGAAAUAGAGCUUGCUUUUAAUAUGUUAAAUCAAAUGAAAUCCUAUUUGCAAACAAAAAUAAUACUUCAAACAUAAUUUGAAUGAUUUUAUCUCAACUCAACUGAACAGCUAUAGUUUGAACAAUAACUGACUGUACGAAAUUAACAUAAAUACAGAAUAUACUUGCAUUCGGCACACGUUUGUUUUCUGCAAUUGAAUUGUUUCGUGAAUAAAGUGCUGAUUAAAUUAAUAACAUUCCUUUUCGGUCGAAACAAAUUCAAUUUGCUAUAUUUCCGAAGAAAACCUGUAUGGUAUUUAUUACCAACGGUACGUGCAGAAUUUUUCAAAAACAAGAUAAAAGCAACUGGAACAAUAAAUCAAUGUGAAUAUGCAGUUAUUUGUAAUUAGUUUAUGCAAAUAAACGAAAAUGCAAUUUUAA